UGUCAUUUUAAGUAGAAUACACACAGAAGACGGAAUUCGUCCUAUUGUCUCGCUUCACAUAAAAUUUAAGUUGAACGCUUUAAGCUCAGAAAAACAGUAUUAAUUGCUAAAUAAUAAUUUAAGUGAAGCAAAUAAAAAGCGGAAAAUUCGCAUUGUUAACAGUAUGUGGCUAAGGAUGCGGAAAUGUAAUUGUUGUCUCUGCGAAAUAUUGUUAGAAUAAGUUACAAGGAAAGUGUUGAGGUUUACGAGCGCAAUGCAGCAAUGAGCUAGCUAGGCAGUUAAAUUAAUAGUAGCGUACAAGAAAGCGAAAAGUGUUUCAACUUUGGUGAAGGUGAUAAUGUACCAGCUGGCAAGCGUGCGUGAAACAUUUUAAAAAUAUUUUGAAAAAAAUAAAAUAGAAAUUUUUGGAGAAAAUCUUUGCUCAAAUCAGCUGAGUCAGCAGUAUAUGUUUUGACUGUUGUUGUUUGAUUCGGUGUGGCGUCAGUGAAAAACCUUGAUGACUGUAAACGAAAAAGUCCACCCAACAAUUGUGCGUACUGGUUGGCGGGUAGCGGCGUCGACAAGGCGACUGUGUACAUGCGUGCCAUUGUGUUUGUGAACCUUUGUCUCGGUAUAAAGUUCUGUCUGUGUCAUUUGUGUUGGCAGCGGAGGUGAGGAAGUUAAAGUCAAAUUAAAGGCCGGUCAACUGUAAAUGUAUGUGCAGCGAAUAGUAAAAAGUGAAAUGUGGGAUAUUACAUAAAGAAAAAAUAUGCGUGCGUACUAUAUAGCAAAUGCUUAAUCGAAAAGCCUUACACAACUUAACAGAGAAAAAAUUAUGUUUAAAUAAUAACAAGAAAUGUAAAAUGUGUAAGGCAAGGUCUUGCGAAAAAUAAUAUAUUACCUUAUAAUAAUUAAGUAAUCGAACGAGAAAACGGUAAAACGGUUAUGUUGCCCCUCACUGUUGCAAUUUCGGCAAUUCAAAAGUGAAUUUUUCGCAAUAAAGGCUUUAACAAAGUAUGAACGCGAACAUGUCAGCCACAUCAAAUAUGGAACAGCCAAGUAAUCAUUGCGAGGCGCAUUUGCUGGCAGCCACUACCGAAAUCGAGGCGCUCAAGCAGGCUCUGCUCGAGAAACACAGUCAAAUUGUCGCCAUGGAAACGGCAUGUAUACAGGAAACCGAACGACAAGUCGAAUUGGAAGAUAGUGUCAUUGCGUGGCAAGAUAAAUAUGAUCGUUUGUAUGAGUCACAUAAACGUGUGCAAAAAGUAAAUCAAAGUUUGGAGGAUAAAUUGCUCAAAUUGGUGGAUCGCAAUACUGGCGAGCGAGCGCAAUUGACCAGCGAUGUAGCCACUUUGAGUGUACGAUUGGCGCAAGCGAAUUUUAAUAUCGCAAAGCUGCAACGGGAAAUCGAACGCUACAAGUCUGAUAUAAAUUUAGCAAUACAACUGUUGCAGUGCAAGCCAGAUAGUUUUAUGCCACAAAAAGUAUCAUCGUUGCCGAUUGAUAUACAGUCGAAAGUAUCAGCCUACAUGCGUCUGGAGACUAAUUCACACUCUGAUUCGGAAGGUAGCACUAGCGGCGUCGGCACCGCCACAACAGCUUCCUAUAAAGUGCUUCCAGCAUCGGAUUCACCGCCACCAACGGCGUGCCCCUUUCCACCUACAGCAAUGGUAUACUCAAUGCGGGGGCUUGGUAAGUACGCUAAACGUACUUCAACGGAUUCCAAUAUGAAUCUCAGCAAUAACAACAGUAGUAAUAACAAUAAUAACAAUGGCAAUAAUGACAACAACAAUAUCAAGGAGCCACUUCUGAAUAAUAACAUAACAACCACCAAUAAUAAUAGCUGUGAGUCCCACACCGAACUUAAUGCUGAUAUUAUUACGAACAACAAUAGCAGCAGCAGCAACCCCAUAGCAAAUUCAACGACCCACAGCAAUGAUAAUUCGAACGAUCCCGAUAUGAUUUCACCCAUUAUUAUGGCUAAGUUCCUCGAGGACGAACUGAAGGCGAGUGAAGUGAAACAUUGCGAUACUUGUCAAUGUUCCAAACAGGAUCUCACGGUACUGGCAGACGUCUCGCGAUCCUAUACAGUUUCCACGCAAACUCCGUUCCAACUGCAGCUCGGCGGCGGUAAUCUUAACGAACCGCUCACACAAUUGUGCCUACGUUGUCAUAGCAAUUUGAACUCACCAUCACGCACCAAUAGUCCCUAUCUGAUGAAAUUGGUGAAAUCCAGUGAUUCGGUGAUUUCGGAAACGAAAAGUUCUGUAUCGGAUCUCAAUGAUAUGGAUAAAUUGUUUACACCAGCCAAAAAGGAUGAUUUGAUGGUGAAUCCCAUAUUGGGACAUCACCGUUUGUGUGAUCGUACGGCUGGCAGUGGUGCUUUGCAACAUCAAAACGCCAUUGCAGCGGCCAAAUUGAGCACUACACUACUUUAUCCAACCACACAUUUGGGUACUUAUGGGAAUGAGAAGUAUAUGUUGGAGACGAGUAAUAGCCUUGCAGCUGGUAUGCAAGCGAAAAGUGGUUUUCAGCGACGCUUCCUGGAGGGUGGCGGCACUGCUCUGGAGUUGCUCAAUGCCGCUAUUGGCAGUGCCAGUGGUAAUGUCACAUUACAAAAUGUUGCCAAGAAGGUGACGGAACAAGUAACACCAAAAUCGGUGGGCAACGAUGAGUUGGAUGACGAGGCGAAACCUUUGCUCAGUGCAAGUUCACAAUCUAAUUUACUGGAUUAUGGUAGAUUAAAAACAAGUGUCGGUAUAGAGUUAGCUGAGUCUGCGAUGGAGCAGCAAAUGAAAUCACCAGCGAGUGUAUGUAGUGCCUCCGAUCCUAAGGAAAAUCUCUUGAAGUCUGCAAUUACCGGCAGCGUGAAUAGUCUGUGGAGCAGAACGAGUAGUUGUGAGGGCGCAAAGAUGUUCGAGACCUUUAAUAGGAAUUUGAUUAAAACCAUUAAGGCUGAAAACCCCAAACACCGUGGACCACGUCUCUGCGCUAUGCGCAUACAACAGAAUGGGCAAAGCAAUAUACUGCUAGAUAACAUAGAGUCGAUGGAAGCAGUUACGCCCAUUAUUUAUAAACGGCGUGAGCGUCUUUUGGACGAGGAACUGGAUGACACUAAAGACAUCAUUACUUCCAACACAACAAAUAUUUCGAGCGCAGAAAUAGCAGCAGCGCACAGAGCAGAAGAUGCAAGCGUCGGUUAUACCACCACGGAUGUAGAAAACGAAAAGUUGGCAGAUGUCCUUAACAUACAAGCGGAUCCAUUAGAAAAGAAUACCAGCACGCAGGCGCAACGUAACGAAACCGAACUACAAUGUGGAGUGACGGAAAAUGAAGUGGAUCCAAAUAGUUGUGUGGUAACAAGUAAUAGCCCAUAUGAACGGUUAGGUGGCGAAGGUGAAGGUAGAGAAAUGUUUGCCGCGGAUGAUGAUGCAACUGGCGCAACAGCAACACUUAUAGAUCUAACAGAAGCACCCAUUACUGCAAGCGAUUUAACAACAGCACCAGCGGAUCAAUCCUAUACGGCGCCUGAGGAGACUGCUCGCGUGCAGGAGCAGCGGAACUCACUCACUGCAAAGUCAAAUGUAACACCGACGAUCAGCGCAUUGGAUAUGGCGCUUGCGCAGACUGCAUUGGAAGCCACGGGUGCCACUCAAAUGCGCAUCGAACCGGUGAGAACUGUGAGUAGUGUUCAGCAAAUGCAUAAACCAAAGCAUACAAGCAUCUAUCAUUCAUUGCAAAAUGAGUCCAGCUCCAAAACCUCACACAAUUCCAAAUCCUGCACACAGUCGAGCUCAAUAAGUGAUGCAAUUGACAUACAAGAGAGCAUUAUUCUACGGCGCCAACAGCUCAAUCGUGUUGCCGAAUGGGUGCAAAAUAAUACGCAACAGCUGGAGCAGCAACAACAGCAACAGCAGCAGCAGCAACAACAACGUAUACAGCAGCAACAACAGGCACUAAACGCGCUGAAUAAUUGUGACUCCUCGGGUGGUACAGAUCGACAAUCAUCAUUUUCAACACUAGAUCCACUGGACUCGGUCUCCAUGGAGAAACUAUCAAUGGAUUCGGGCUAUAAAACCACACCACAACCGCACACAAAUGGCUUUCAUCAACCGUUAGAUGACGCGAAUAAGUCGACCGAAGACUCACUCUCACCGAAAACCGAUACAAACUCUAGUCUUAACAACAACAACUAUAAAAAUAGCGCACUUCUCAAUCACUACCCAGCGGACUGCAGCAAUCAACAGGUGACCAUGCAUGUCUAUCCCACAAAUACAUACUUUCGACGCACCACACGUUCCGGCCUACCUGUGGCUUAUACAACACCCGAUCCGAAUGCACCCAACACGGAGACGUUCUUAAACAACUACAAUAAUAAUAACAACAAUAGCGCUUGCAGCACAACACCAACGCUGCCCGAUCAGCCCACUUGUGAUAUACUCAACUACAAAUACUAUCCCAGUGAUACGGAUAAGACACGCGCCAUCAGCGCCGAACUCCAUACCACCACCAAGCACGUGGACAUUGCACAAAUGGAGUACAAUGUAAAGCAAUUUCUGCUCAAGCAGAACGAAUGGUCGAUGCGCACCGGCACCACGCGUGGCGGCGGUCGAGCCGGCAUCAACACGUCGGCAUCCAACUUAAGUAGCGCCAACUCGCAGGUGACGCUCAGCAGCCAACGUACGCAGACCACAGCGAAGACAUUGCGGCACUUGAAGCUGUUUAGUGGUGUCGGUGUGGGACCAGGCCUAGGUGCGCGAGUGCAGCCAACUUUGUUAAAAGAUGCGUCGGCUGCGACGGCUAUGGUGGCGGCGGGAUCGUUGAGCAACCGCGAGGAACGAGAGCUUAAAGUGAAGGCGGCGGCGUCGGCGAAUGGCGUCGAAGGUGCGAAAGUGACAGCAGCGGUUGCAGCAAACGCCUUGCCCCACAGGACUGAAACGAAUUUAUAAGAAAAUUUAGUGUUUAAACUAUUGUAAUUGCAGCUUAAGCUUAUAUAAAAUGUGCACACAUACUACAAACAAACAAACGUACAUACGCAAAUUUACACUAAUAUCUAUAUGUAAUUAACUAGUUUUGUAUUAACGCUGGAACAGUGCGCGGCUGAGGCAUACAAGCAGGCGCAUGAGCUUGCCAACGGAAAAAAGGAAGCGCUAAAAUGAUUAAGCUUAACUCCAUAAACUCACCUAAUCAUUAAAAUUAAUAAUUCUUAACAAGUAACGUACAUACAUAUAUAUAAAGUUUGUAUAGAAAGAAGUCUUACUUUAAUGCCCACAUGCAUACGGAAUUACUAUAGAGUGAUAAGGCAGAAAGUAGCGUCUAUGUACAUACACCGUAUGUGGGUAGCGUGUAUAUUAAGUAUAAAAAGCGCUUUCAAUACUUAAGGUAUGCAUUUGUAUAUUUGUAUAUGGGUCUUUCUAUAUUCAAGCCAUUCCGGAUGUUAAAAAAACUUAUUGUUUCUUUUAGGUGUUUGAUAAAAAUGUUAUAGUAGGCUGAAAAGAGGCCUGGAGUAUGAUCAACACUUCAGCAAUCCUUUAACUUUUCUAUAGUAUUUUCGCUUUCUAAUGUGUAUUCUCUUGAGUUUUAAAUGUAAGAGAGAGAAAGAGUAAGAUAGUAAGUACAUCAUCAGUUCGAAUCAUAAAUCAUUUCAUUUUAAAAUUUUUUUUAUUGAUUUUUGAGAUUACGAUUAGGUGGAUUAUGAGCGGCACUCACUUUGCAUAUAAUUGCUUCAUACUCAAAUAUUCAUUACCGCUUUUUUCAAAAUGCCCUUUAAUAAAUUCAAAGUGUCAAUGACAUCAUUUAAAGAUUGUCCAAAAUCAUUUGGGGAAUUAUUUGAUGCUUUCGGUCUCAAAAUGCUCCACCGUCGCCAUCGGUGCUAACAUACCUCGUACAGAAAUUAGAAAGCCGCUUACGAAUGGCUGCUUUACUUGACUUAGAGCUAUUUCUUGGUAUCAGCAACAUGUAUAUAAAAAGUAGUACUUCGUUAACACGCGAAGUUGCUUUUAGUCCGAGUGGAUGAAAACACUUCAGGUUGAGAAGGAGCUGGUUACACUUCGAACCUCCAAUUGGCGCCAAACAGCGAAAAGAAAGAACGACUGGUGCGCUGUUAUAACUCGGCUAUAAUCGCGUAAGCGGUGUCUACGCCAAUAAAUAAGAAAACUUGCAUCACUGACAAAAUUCUCUAAUCAGAGUUCUCGAAGCAAAAAGUUUCCAUAUUUGAUAACUGAAGAAAAGCAGCCCUCAUUUCCGCUUACUGUUUUGAAAGUUUCAAUUAUUUUCUUUGUUUGCUCAAUCUUUGAAUUUUUCUAUCAAUGACUAAUUGCUUAGGCAGGGGUAGAGUGAAGUCUGACGAUGCAACUAUGUCUUUGGGAGGCCCAUUGUGCAACCAGCGGAACUAAAAUCGAUUAUGUCCUUUCGAAACCACCCUGUGGUCUUGAUGGAGUUCGUCAAUACCAAAAGUUUUAUCUGUGGGCUUACCUUUAUUCUGAGAUUAGGUAGGUAGAUAUGUAAGAUGACUGAUCAAAGAUCGUGGACUACUAAUUCCUAUUUGAGGCCAUACUAAAGAAGAACUCCUGUAUUCGAACUUAUAAAUUAGCAAAACGCUUAGUAGACAAAACAAAUUUGCACAGGCGUUUAGUUUCCAUUCCCGCAUGCUUGGUAAGAUGUCUGAACGUGCUCUCAAGUGUUUAAGUCUUGACCUUUCGAACGCGGGACAGUCAAGAAGGAGGUGUUGAGUUGUUUCAUCAUCUUCCAUAUAGCUCCUGCAGAUGACGUCUGGUAGGCUUCCCAGACUUACUGCAUGGACGCCA